AUGGAAACGAGCUCGCCUGCGGUGCCGAUCGAGCCCGUCAUCACCAUCAUCUCCAGCGAUGGCGAAACGUUCUCGCUUAGCGCCCAAACUGUCGCCCACUCGCACCUCCUCGAGGGUGCCUUGCGCAAGUGGGCGGAGGUCUAUCAAGUGCAGAUGAAGCCCCCUGCGCACGCCGGCCGCAGCGGUAGCCUGCCUGGCGAGGACGCCGACGACGCGACCACCACCGAUGCGACAGCCGACGACCCGGAGGAGACCCCCGACGAGCGCUUCAUCGAGGGCUACUACGAUGAGACGGCCAGCGAUGUCUCAGCCACCAGCGGCAUGAUUGAGGACACGCUGAACAACUUAGACGGGCGGGCGGCCGCCGCCGCCGGUGAAGAGGCGCUGGUGGGGAGCGAGGUGGAUCAGCCGAAGGUAAUGCGCAUGGUGAGCGUGCCGGUGAAUGGGGAAGAGGCGGACGCGGUGGAGAGCGGCGGGGCGCCUGCGGAGGGCGACAUCGUCGACGACAGCGAGGACUCCGACCGCACCGCGAGUGUGCUGCCGUCGCCGCACGAGGGAUCAAUGUCGAGCUCCACCACGCCGACAAAGACGAUGGACAGCAGCAACGGAGACGCGACCGCGUCUGUCGGCGGAGUAGUAGGGAGCGGUUUAGGGGCCGCGCCGCGCUCCAUCAGUCCCUUUGUGCGAGAUGUUUCGUCAUCCCCGCCGACCUCCCUCGUACGGGAUGCGGCGGGGGAUGAGCCGUCUGGACAGGGUAAUGGGAGUAGCUGCAACGGUGGCUUGUCCGGCGUGUCCGCCUCCACGGGCAUCACCGGUGGUCCUGGUGAUGCGGUUGAUUGUGUGGUAAGAAACCAGCUCCCGGCCGUGCAGAACGGGGCGGCCACGCGCUUGCCGGCGAACAUGGUUAUCUCACCCGACGGCCACGGUUCGCAGACGUCGCCGUCCGCGUUGAUGGACGCAGAUCAAUCUACCCCGAGCGUGUUGAGUGAGGAGGAGGUGGAGGCGGAGGAGCAGGUGCGUAGCGGCGACGGUGUCGGACCGGCGAAGGUGCAUGGCAAGGCCGACCCACGCAACCUGGGCGACGAGGGCCUCGACGACGCGGCGGCACCGAUCGAUGGCGUCGUCUCGCCCACGUCGCCCUCGCCUUCACCGGAGGCAGCAGCGAUAGCGACGUCAACAAACGUCCAUAGCGAUGCCGAUGUGCCGAAUCGUGACGCGGAUCCUGUCGUUCCCGCCCUUGGCUCCCCUAACGGCAACGCCGAAGUCCACACCUCCAGCGGCAACAGAGACGACGAUAAGAAGCUGACGUCGCCUUCCUCGCGGGACGGCUUCAUUGAGCGUCGGCGCAGCGCGGUGGUCGUUACGGCCGGUGCUGCAGAGGAAGACACGGACGAUGUGGUGUUGGACAGCAGCGGCAGCGGCAUCAGCAUCAACAUCAGCAGCAACAGUAAUGGGUGCGCACGUGAUUCCUGUACCCUUCCUGAGCCGAUGGAAGCAGCCACCACCACCACCGCCGCCGCCGCAUCCUCCACGACGCCCUCUCACACGCCCGGCAGCUUCCGCAGCGGCAGCGGCCACCUCAGUGCCUCCCCUGCACCGGACUGGCGCUCGCCCACCAGCUGUCACCAACGCACGCCGUGCAUCGCAGACGAAGACGACGUCGGCGCAAUGGUCAGCGACGAUGAUGAAAACGGCGUGGUGGAGGAGGCGGAGAAGGAAGAAAACGGCGCCGCAGCAGCAGCAACGGUGCCGGCGGCGAAGCAGAACAGCACGAACCCGAUUCGAGCUUCUGCUGUCGGGGGAACAGAGGUAACCGCACCGUCGCGGGGGUUGACAGCGAGCGACGACACCACCACCGUUGCCGCAGCAUCAUUGGCGGCCGACCCGGGCAGCUCUCUUGUGUACAGCGACGGCAUCCGCAUCACCUCCAGCGCCAUCGUCUUCGACUUGCUGCCCGUGAUCUCCUCCGUGCACACGAGCCUGUCCACGUCGAUGAUGUCGCCGCAGUCGCUGAGAAAGGCCAUCGGGUCGCCCGAUGUGAUGAGCACCGGGCAGGACUCACUUACUCUGACGUCAGCUGGGGGCACGGUGGCAGGAGGUGAUGAGGCGAGCAGGGACAAGUUCGUAGAUCCCACCACAGCCCCUACAGUAGCAGCAGCAGCAGCAGCAAUCACAGCAACGGGUGGUGAAUCAACGACCACCACAGCAGCCGCAGCACCGCCUGGACCAAAGAUGAUCAUCCAUUCCAGCAUCUUGGUGCUAUGCAUUAAAUACAUGACGCACUUCGCAGAGGCGGAAGCGCAGGCCGCCGCCGCAGCAGCAGCAGCAGCAGCCAUGAAAGCGAAAAGGCGUAAACGCGGUCGCCGCCGCCGCCACCGCCAUCGCCGCCAGCAACAGCAGCAACACGACCCCGAUCACUCCUUCAACCAAGAAAACGGCGAUGGCGACAGCAGCAGCGACGGCAGCACCGCCACCUCAUCGACGUCCUCAUCCACUGACGUCAGCGGUAGCAGCAGCAGCGACAACAACAGCGAUAGCGAGGCCGACUCAUUGACCGGCAGUUACAACUCUAUUAAUGCCCCUGUCAUCAUUAGUGUACCUCUGCCGCCGCCGUCCGGUGCUGCUGCUGCCGCUGUCGCAGGUGCUGGCGUGGGUGCUGCUCCUUCAGCGGAGGCGGCGAACGUACUACCGUGUGGGCCGGCGGCGAUCCCGAUGCCGCUGACGCGGCCACUCGUGACGUUCCUCUCACCGUGGGAGCGCUCAUUCCUCUAUCUCGACCUCCUCGGUGCGCCGGAGUCGGUGCUGACGGCCGCCCUCGCCAUCCAAGAAGUCUGCCCGGACUUCGACUACUUCUGCCCGGGGCCGUGCCUGCGCAACGCCCGCGCGAAGGCGGCCCUGAUGACGCCGCCGCCUCCCUCGGAAGGCGUGCACACCCUUGUCGAGGUGAUGCGGGCCGCCAAGCAGCUACAAAUCGACCCGCUGCACGCGCUCUGCACGGGGUGGCUGGCGGACUUCAUGAUUCGUGUGUCCUACGGUGCGACGGACAACUUUGAGGCGGCACACCUGAUCCGGCAGUGCCUGCGGGUGCCGAGCGACUGGAACAGGCGAGAGACGGACUGUCUGAAGCUCGAAAACGAAUGGCCCGCCAACGAAGAGGCAGAAUAA